AUGUUCGACAUGUAUGAUGAAGAGGUCCAAGAAAUUGAUACAUCAUUAGCUGGUCAAUAUAAGAAUUUAUCAGAUUCUUCAUUAUUGUGGGGACCCUAUAGAUCAGGACUUUAUUUUGGAGUCAGACCAAGAAUUCCAAGAUCACUUCUCUCAGGAUUGAUGUGGUUUAACAUUGAUGACUUCAAUGGUGUAAGGACUAUGAGACAUUUUUAUGAACAAGGUGAUUUAAUGAAAAAAGCCAAUUGGGUCUACUAUGACCCCCGAUUCGGAGGAAGGCAAGUUAUCAAUGACAAAACCUCACAUAUAAAUUUGGUCAUAGAUUUUGUCAAAAGUGAAGACGGAAAAUCUUGGGGGGUAAAAGUUAGAGCUAAACCUCAUAAAGGCCACGAAAACAUCAAAACCUGUUUUGUUUGGUAUUCGGCUCUUGAAAGUGAUGUAACUGAGAUUGACAUCUUAGGACAUGAGAAAAUGUCUGGAAUUUUGAAUUUAGAUAUCGAAAGAGAUCCCGAUAGUGCUUAUUCUGAACCUAUUAGAUUGGGAGGAGCUGCUGAAGACUUGGGACUUUUCUCAAUUACCAUCAACGAUGGACCUUCUACUAACAAGCAUCCUAAACCCGAAGCAAAAGGCAGAGACAUUGACUCGUCAUUGACCCAUCAUGUGAGUUUAAGAAUUCCUAAUGAUCAAAUUUGGCAAGCCAAAGAUAUUUUCAUUACUCUUUUACAAGAUUCACUUCAAAAACUUGCUGAAGAUAGAAAAAGUGAAAAGAUUCUCCCAUACCAAUCAUUCACUCUCAGAGAUUUGAACAAAUUUGAUGGGAAUACUCAUUUUAUUCAGAAAGUCUAUGAAGGAGAAUGUGAAUUCGAUAUUAUCUUCGAUAAUGCUAUGACAUCUAUUCAUGACAAAAUCACAUCCGAUAAUUUCAAGUCAAAAUUAGAAAUUGUUUUGAAUAAAUUCCACAAUAAAUUCUCGGAUAAGUUUGCUUUACAACCUCCAUUCAAUACCGAUGAAUACAAACCAUUCGCUAAAGAAAUUGUGUCAGGAUUGUUGGGAGGUAUUUCAUAUUUCUACGGUGACCAUUUAGUUGAUAGAGAAACAGAAUUUGAUGAUGAAGGAUUCGAAAAGUUCGAAUUAACAGGUAAACUUGAAGGACCACAUGAAUUAUUCACUUUGGUGCCUUCAAGACCGUUCUUCCCUAGAGGAUUUUUAUGGGAUGAAGGGUUCCAUUUAUUACCUUUGUUAGAUUACGAUUCCGACUUAGUUCUUGAAAUCAUUCAGUCCUGGUUCAAUUUGAUAGAUGAGGAUGGGUGGAUUGCCAGAGAACAAAUCUUAGGACCUGAAUCCAGGGCUAGAGUUCCUGUUGAUUUCCAAACUCAAAGUCCUAAUAUUGUCAAUCCUCCGACGUUGAUGUUGGUAUUUACAUACCUCCUCGAUAACUUACAAACAGAUAUUGAUAAACCUAAAGUUGUCGAAGAUUAUGGAUCAUUCACCAAAGAUAAUUUAGGGGAUAUUGUACUCAAUAACCCUGAAGUGUUGACAAACUAUACCAAAUCCAUUUAUCCAAAAUUGAAGUCACAUUAUGAAAUGUUCCGUAGAACUCAAAAAGGAUUUCUCGAAGAUUUAAACAGGGAUCCUAACCUUGAAGCUUAUAGAUGGAGAGGUAGAACAGUUACUCAUUGUUUAGCUAGUGGUUUGGAUGAUUAUCCAAGACCUUUACCUCCAGAUAUUGCUGAAUUGAAUGUUGAUUUACUUUCAUGGAUAGGUGUUAUGACCAGAUCUAUUAAAUUAAUCGCUGGAGUUUUGGAGAAUCAAGAUGAUUACCAAUAUUACGAAACUAUAGAAAAACAAAUAGUUGAAAAUUUGAACUCUAUUCAUUGGUCAGAAGAAAAUGGUAUCUAUUGUGAUGUUACUGCUAAUGAGGAUGACGAAGAAGUCCAUGCAUGUUUCGAAGGAUACGUUUCCUUAUUCCCAUUCAUUACCAAAAUGAUGAGUGCCACUGAUUUCGAAAGAUUGGAAAAACUUGUGGAUGCCAUUUCUAAUCCGGAAGGAUUAUGGUCAGAUUAUGGUAUUAGAUCAGUAUCUAAAUCUGAUCCAACUUAUAAGACAGGAGAAGAUUAUUGGAGAUCACCUAUUUGGAUUAAUAUCAACUAUCUUAUCGUUGAUGGUUUGAAAUAUUAUUACGAAUCGAGUCCUUCCAUGCCAGAGACUUUGAAAACCAAGUUAGCUACCACAUAUCAUGAUUUACGUUUGAACUUGGUCAAUAAUAUCUUUAAAGAAUGGAAAAGAACAGGAUUUGUUUGGGAACAAUACGAUGAUAUUACCGGUGAAGCCAAGGGUGCUAAAAAUUUCCUUGGUUGGACUUCAAGUGUGGUUCUUAUGAUGAAACUUCCUGAAAAUCUCUAA